AUGGGAUCUGAAGCCCAUAGUCACGAAGCACUGUCGCGGCAGACGCAUCUGGCAAUCCUGAUCAACGGACGAUGGCAGCCAGAAGAGCAGCCAGUCGACUGGUGCGACAGCAUGCUCGAAGACACGUGCGAGGACUUGGAGAGCAGAGACCACUCGAUUCGCGACUCCGAACAGGCGGACUUCGAGGACGGGUUCGACGACUGGGACUGGGUCGACAGUGAGAUGCAGCGCGAAGCCGAGGAAGAUGCGCGUGAGAGAGUACAGUGGAGCAAAGAAAUGGAAAUCCAGAAUGAAUACCGCCAGCGUCUCGCCAACAUGACGGUGAAGUACCUGAACAUGCAAGGUAGCGAAAUCCACACCUCGAAGCCUUAUCCACUCUGCCAUGUCGAACCGUGCGAGUCUUUCCGGGAAGCCUGGCUGCACACUUUGCACGAAGGAAACAGCCCAGAUCGCCGUCUCUCCCUGCGCCAACUACGUCUCAGACGACAAGAAAUUAAGAAGCCUAUCCCGGCGGAAACGCUGCAAUAUCGCAGCGCCAGGGAAGUCUUGCUUCACGAUUUGGACAGCGGUCCUGCAGGACCCAUCCCCCUCGACACCACGAAGCUGGUCUUGGGCGGGGGCGUGAUCACAGACACCUGGAGCUGGCGUGAACUGUUGGGUCACAGCUUGAGCAACGACGUCGUGCACGUGCAAGUUGUCUACAUCUCAGAGAAAGCCACAGGUGCAAAAUCUGAGGAUUCAGGAUUCGUUGCCAUGGCCCCUUGUCAUCGGUGCGGCUUCGGGACAAGGAGCGGCAGAGGACAGGGAUGGUGCAGCAAUCCGCAGUGCCGCCAAGCCGAAAAAGAGGAGUGCCUGGCCCAGAAGAGCGCAGAGAAAAUUGUUUGGCAGCAACAACGGGCAGCGCAGGGAGCGGGCAGUCGUGGACCCUUGCGCGAAGAGAACAGCAGAAAGGCAGAGCGCCGACAGCUGCAUGAGGAAAGGGCGCGGGCAAAGGCAGAGGAGGAAGCAGGCGGCCGUGGACCUUUGCGUGAAGAAGACAGCAAAGAAGCAGAGCGCCGACAGCUGCGUGAGGCAAGGGCGCGGGCAAAGGCAGAGGAGGAAGCGGGCGGCCGUGGACCUUUGCGGGAAGAAGACAGCAAAGAAGCAGAGCGCCGACAGCUGCAUGAGGCAAGGGCGCGGGCAAAGGCAGAGGAGGAAGCGGGCGGCCGUGGACCUUUGCGGGAAGAAGACGGCAAAAGGGAAGAGCGCCGACAGCUGCGUGAGGCAAGGGCACGGGCAAAGGCAGAGGAGGAAGCGGGCGGCCGUGGACCUUUGCGGGAAGAAGACAGCAAAGAAGCAGAGCGCCGACAGCUGCGUGAGGCAAGGGAGCGGGCAAAGGCAGAGGAGGAAGCGGGCGGCCGUGGACCUUUGCGGGAAGAAGACGGCAAAAGGGAAGAGCGCCGACAGCUGCGUGAGGCAAGGGCGCGGGCAAAGUCAGAGGAGGAAGCGGGCGGCCGUGGACCUUUGCGGGAAGAAGACAGCAAAGAAGCAGAGCGCCGACAGCUGCGUGAGGCAAGGGAGCGGGCAAAGGCAGAGGAGGGAGUGGGCGGCCGAGGGCCCAG